AUGACUAUUGUAUGGAUCUGCCUGACGCUAAUUACCGGCCUAGUCAUCUUACUGGCUGUUCUAAUCUGCAAGAAAAGGUAACUGUAAGCAUUACCAUGUUUUUUAACAUGUAAUUACACGCCCACACCUUUCCGUGAUAAAUUCCUCUGCAGCGGAUUUUUCAAGCUCAGAGAAACCUAGUAUCAAGCUCUCUGUCUACCUUUUUGUUUUCUCGUUCCUGCAGACAUUGUGGGUACAGUAAGGCAUUCCAGGAUUCGGAUGAAGAGAAAACUCACUAUCAGAAUGGACAAAGUGAGUUCAAACAUAUAAAGGGAACUCGGGAGAUAGAGAACACCUGCUGCUUAUACUGGUUUUCAUUAUUCAGUAGGUAUAGUGCAGAUCAAGCAGUGAUUAGACACCGGAGUCCAGGGUUUAAACUCUUGGCACAGGGAAACGUUUUACUUUGCCGUCAAUAAAUAAAAUGAAUUUCUGCUUCUCUAGAAAUAAAUAACGCGGAAAGAAAGCAAGUGUAUUUGCUAUGAAAUAAACCUGGCUGAUAAAUAUUCAUCUUCCAUUUAAUUUACGCUGUAUGCUCGAUAUCUCCAAAGCAUGUUUUUUCUUUUAUUUUAUUGAAUGUUACUAAGAAUCAUUUAUAAACUCCAUAGGGUUUAAUCUGAAGUUAUUGAUGAAAAGUACUAUUUACUCUCACAUAGGUUUUAUUUAUUUUUGUAUUAAUCCUAUUUUAAAUAUCAUUGUAGUAAUUUUUGCAAUAGUUGUGUCUCUUGUCCAAAAGAGACACACAGUACUUAUAUGGUCAUCUGGCUUAUAAAGCAACCACAAUUCUGCGUAUUGUAUUGCAUUCAGUUAACCUAAACAUUCUAGAUUUCUCAUAUAUAAUAAGUGGAACCCUUACAUAUUCCUAAUAUAUACCUGACACAUUCCAUAUAUGUCCAGAACUCAUUUUCCUAGAUAUCUCACUUUAUAUACAAGUUACUUAGAAUGUUCAUAUACCCACGUAGACAUCUCCUACACAUCAAGAAUAUUACCCAAAAGUAAGAAACCCGGUAUAGACAGGGUCAAAGCACACAUGCAUGACAUUUUCUAGACAUGCUAUCACAUGAAAUACGUUAGACUUUAAUACAUGCAGAUGGGCACAACUCAAUGCAGUAAAAUAUGCUGAUCUUCCCCUGUGUACAGCAAGAGUCAAUUCUAGAGCAUUGAAUGUGGUUUUCUGACUUGCAUUGAAUACAUUCCAUACGAACGUGUAUUUUUUUGUCUCAGCUACUGUGAGAUUGUUAGUGAUUAUCACGGCAAGCGGGAUGGGGUUGUGAGUUCACACUGAUGCCUGACAACAUCUUCUCUCUCGUUCCGGUCAUCCAGUCACCUUCGCAGAGUCGAAGCUUUAUGUAGACCCUCACACUUACGAGGACCCAUGCCAGGCUGUUCACGAGUUUGCUCGGGAGAUAGAGGCGUCCAGAAUUAAGAUUGAAAAGAUAAUUGGAUCAGGUUUGUGUAAUUUAUUGUCCUGAUUGAAAGAGGCCAUGCAGGGGAUCAAAUUCCAAACACUGAAAAUUUAACUGUAUGGCUGCCAAAUGACAUUAUAGCAACGUACUACAACCAAACCUAAACUAUUAUUAUGCAUGGGCUAUUAUUUCUGGAUACUUUAAAAGUAAUCAUAUAACAGAAAAUGCAUGAUAAACCUCUUGGUUUCAUGCUUGUUAGUUUAUAGGCCUGACAGUAAAUUUAAACAUAUCAGGUGUUAAUAUGUCUUUCUCAGAAGGUACCACAAGAUAUAUCUCGAUUAAUUUAACAAAAUCCAUACAGUAUGGAUGUGCUAUUUAGAAGUGAUAUUGAGUAAUCUCUUCUCUCUUGUACAUUUUCAGGAGAGUUUGGGGAAGUCUGUUAUGGUCGUCUCAAACUACCAGGAAAGCGUGAGAUCCCAGUGGCCAUAAAAACAUUGAAAUCCGGGUACACCGAAAAACAGAGACAGGACUUCCUGAGUGAAGCCAGUAUCAUGGCACAAUUUGACCACCCGAAUGUCAUUCACCUGGAGGGAGUGGUAACAAGGAGUAAGUGACGUGUGUUCUCAUGCAAUCUAAGAAUAACUAUCCUCUCAAUCUUAACCACACAAGGCCCCCAACCUAGCAUAAUUUCUUCUUUAAAGAUCACUGGGUCCAACACUGACAAACAUUACUAAAUACCUAUUGUGCAUGUUUCUAUAUAAGUAUAUAGAGUAUAUUUCCAUUGUUAUCAUACAGCAUACCAUGAAUACUUAAUGAACAAAAAUAUCCAUCCCUCCAUUGUGCCCUAAAGCCAGCUUUAAAGUUAUUAAAGAAAUGGAGGUGUCAAAAAAUUCAUUGAACACCCAAGUUUCAUCCAGUUCCCCAGGUAUCUUCAGUGUAAGCUCAGCCUUGUGGUAGGUUGGUGAGGGAGAGUUCAUGGUUUUGCAUUUAUUUCAUAUGUGCGUUGAGGUUUGGAUGUGAUUUUUCUCCUUUUCUGUGCGUUUUGUAAGGGAGUCCACUCCUAGUAAGUAACUUGUACAUCGAUGUAAAGGUGGAGAACUUGACAGAUUUUUAAAGGAUUGCGUUGUGUUACCGAGUGAGAUGUCUCUUUAGUCCUAGAUUCUGCCAGACAUUUCAGAGAGACGAAUCUUCACUGUUGAGGUUGUAUGAAAAAUGAUUAAUUGAAGUAUGUAUCCUUCAACUUCCUUACAGGAACCGACACCGUUUAGCUGCAGUCCUGUCAGCUUCAGGAGCCAUCACUAUCUUUAAAUGGGUUUUUGAUUUAUUUUCUCCUAUCUCUGAUUCUGACAAUGCUCUCGUCUCUUUUGUCUUUAUACUUUCAGGCAAAUUAACAAUGAUUGUAGCAGAAUAUAUGGAGAAUGGGUCUUUGGAUUCCUUCUUGAGGGUAAGGUUCCUAACGUAACAUAUUGCGAUAAGAACCGGUAAACAAACAAUUAGUAUCCACUUUAUUGUUAUAAAAAUGUGGGUCUGUUUUUUUCAGUGGACCUCCCAUAAAGCAUUCAUCAGAUUUCAAUCGGUUAGCCACUAUCAGCGAGUCACUUUUAGGAACCUCAAUUAUCCUAUUCAUCCUGUACUAUAACAUGAGGAGAUUCUGUUAAUUGUUUUUUUGAAAAAUUUCCCCUGCCAUUAUAUAUCUCCUACAUUUCUUCAAAUCUGACAUUUCUCUCUAUACAAUAAUGUCACCUGUGUAGUGAGGUUCAUAUUUUUUCCUGACUCCAUAAAUCCUUUAGUAUCCCAUCCCUAUAAGAUUAGGGUUGCACAAUCCGUAAAUAAAUAACGUUGUGUUUCCUUCAGACCCGUGAUGGCCAGUUUACCAUAAUUCAGUUGGUUGGCAUGCUGCGAGGUAUUGGAUCAGGAAUGAAGUAUCUGUCUGACUUGGGAUAUGUCCACCGGGACCUAGCGGCCCGCAACAUCCUUGUGAACAGUAACCUAGUGUGCAAAGUGUCUGACUUUGGACUGUCACGGAUAUUGGAGGAUGAUCCUGAUGCAGCAUACACAACCACGGUACAUCGAAACUAGUAGAACACCAUCUUCUUCAAAUUGUAAUAUUAUACCAUAUAUAAACUUAAAAACGUGUAAGGUGUGAUUGGAACUUAAAAACAAUUUCAUUACAAAAUUAAGGAAGAUGUUUCAUUUAAACAAAUGAGAGUUGUUGGCAGUUGAGCUGCUGGGUGCUUUGUCCACCCUCUUCUGAACUGUGAGAUGAGGGAACUACUUUAACAUGGAGGGGAUCAGGUGCAGGCUCCCCCCAUGUCCGUCACCCAUUGCAAAUGGAUGAGCAAUUAAUAAUGGAAGCGGGAAUGGGCAAUUUAAAGAUGCCAUGAUUUAACCCCUCACCCAGCCGCAAUGGGUGAGGGGCUUGAGAGAAGCCUUUGAAAGGUCUCCUUCAUUAAACUGAGAACCCCCUCAAUCCCACAGGUAAGACUAAAGCAUUUUUAAAGAUGCUAAUUUCAAGGAUGGAGUCAGUGGUCUGCUAACUUUUUCAUUAGACAAACAUAUAAAGACAGAAUUAAUUGUAUGGACUAGUUUCAUCCAACAAGCAAUUUGGUUUUCAUAUAUAUUUUGUUCAUUCGCGAUUUUGACACAUGAAUAUAUUGCCCUAAGUUUGGAUGAAUUCACAUUUGGCCGCAAAUAAAUGCACAGGUCUACUGACCAGUACUAAUGAGAAGUGAAUCCGGGGAUCCUUCUAGAAAGGCAGGUGAAUUAUGCCACCCAUACUUAUUUUACCUACACUUAGAGGGAAGUUAUUUUCUAAAUUCUCAAGGAUUGGGUGUUUGCGUCAGUGUUUUAAAUGUCUAUCAUUUUGCAUCUGUAAAUUAAAUUUAUUUUUAUUUUUUUAAAUCAGGGCGGUAAAAUCCCUAUACGCUGGACAGCACCAGAGGCCAUCACGCACCGCAAGUUUUCAUCAGCAAGCGAUGUAUGGAGCUAUGGCAUUGUCAUGUGGGAAGUCCUCGCGUAUGGGGAGAGACCUUACUGGAACAUGACCAAUCGGGAUGUGAGUGAAUGACAUUUAUCCCAUGUAUUUUAAGUACAUUUGUCUCAUAAUAUUAGUAAAAAAAACAUAAAUCAAACAAUUUAUUUCCAAGGUGGGAGGUAUAUCUACUACAUUAAUGUAAGGCUAAACAGAAUUCUAAUAGAAUUCUAUUCUGCGUUUGCCAAAAAAACAAACUGAUAUACAUUUACUCAUUUUAUCCUUUAUUUCAAAUGUGCUCGUCUUUUACAUAAUAAAAUGGAGAAAUCAUUUUUUUUAGAGAUUGGAAUGUGCCCUAUAUACCGCAUUAUCUCAGUCUGUGUAUAAAAUAUUACCAUAGAAGUCGAAAUACAAUUUUUGAUACAACGAAUAAACUUGACAAAAAUUGAAGAAUGAAAAUAGUCAAAUAGCCUGCUUAUUGCAUUUGUACAAAACCUGACGGUCCUUCGGGGGAUCUAACUCUCGCAAAAUGCCACCAGAAUAUAAAACUAAAAUCCAUCCACGAGAUAAAUUGGGUUGAUAGAAAGAACAACUUAAUCUAUAGAGGGUUGAAGAAUUUUUUAGCAAAUUGGGACACACAUGAACAAUGGUUAGUUCGAUCCAGGUGAAGAAUGAUACUAGUUUUUGCAGUUAAUUAAUUAAAAAGUGAAACUAGUUCACUUUCAAAUGUUCCAGCCUACUGUAUGUCUUUAUCAACUUAGCAAGGUGCAAACCUUUUUUAAACAAUGAUCAACACAAGUAAAAUACAUGUAUUUAUAGCAGCAGUUUUAUUCUUGGACAUAUGCCAAACAGCCGCUUUCGCCAGCUGUGAAUCACGUCUCAGCCUAAAACCCUUUGUUUAAAUUACACCUACACAUAUCAAGCUAUGGAUUAAGAUAAAGUACAAAUUGUGCGGUACUUCACCUGUUGCAUAACACGACUGAAGUUGGUAUGUUUGUGUUUUUCCCUUUGUUCCGUGUUUUUUGUUUUCUGUCAUAGGUGAUAAAUUCAGUCGAGGAAGGCUAUCGUCUUCCAGCGCCCAUGGGCUGUCCAACGGCUUUACAUCAGCUCAUGCUGGAUUGCUGGCAAAGAGACCGCAAUGAAAGGCCUCGAUUUUCUCUGAUCGUCAGUAUUUUAGAUAAACUUAUCCGAAAUCCUGAACAUCUGAAAGCCAGUGCCACAGUCAACAGGUAAACGUGGGAUGCUUGUUCUACAAAACCUUAAUUAUGUAGCCGUGGAUAUCGGUGAUAAUUAACCCAAUUACUAUGUUUUAAUUCUGUGAAAAUAACUUUGUGUUCAUCACUCUGCAUGGAACAGGAAUUGUUUGUAAAAUGUAUUUAUUCAAUUGUCCUUGAAUAUCACUCUUGACAAAUGAAUAGAUAUGUAUGUGUUUUAUUUAUUAAUUGAUGGAUUGCACUGGGUUCUUGUAGAAUAUAUUUCUACAACAAGAGGACAUAGUCUUAAAUUAGAGGGGCAAAGGUUUAAAAAUAAUAUCAGGAAGUAAUACUUUACUGAGUGGGUAGUGGAUGCAUGGAAUAGCCUUCCAGCUAAAGUGGUAGAGGUUAACACAGUAAAGGAGUUUAAGCAUGCAUUGGAUAGGCAUAAGGCUAUCCUAACUAUAAGAUAAGGCCAGGGACUAAUGAAAGUAUUUAGAAAAUUGGGCAGACUAGAUGGGCCGAAUGGUUCUUAUCUGCCAUCACAUUCUAUGUUUCUAUGUUUAUGCGACUAAUUAUUUCAAAGCCUUUUUUUUCAUUAUAGAUUCACUCAUCCACGUGUGGAUAGGGGGCUUUUUGACUUUGCCAGCUGCGGCACAGUCAGCGAUUGGUUGGAUUCGAUCAAGAUGGGUCGAUACAAGGAAAACUUUGUAAUGGGAGGGUACACUUCCUUAGGGAUGGUGAUGAGGAUGAACAUUGAGUAAGUACCAUAAAACCAUCCAGUGCAAACAAGAGAUGAGCAAUAAUUAGAUGUUAAUUGACGUUAAGUUUUCUGACUUGCAGACUGGGUUAAAACUUUCUGAAUAAUUCAUAAAUAACACAGGUGGGUCCAUAUCCUAAACAUGUGGGCAGCCAUAUUCUGCCAUCUGCCUGCCAUAUUCACUUACAUUCUGCUAUAUUUGGUUACAUUCUGCCAUAUUCAGUAACAUUCUGCCAUGUUCAGCCCCUUCCUGCCAUAUUCAAUAACAUUCUGCCAUGUUCAGCCUCUUCCUGCCAUAUUCAGAUACAUCCUGCCAUAUUCAGCCUCUUCCUGCCAUAUUUGGCCUCUUCCUGAGAUAUUCGGUUACAUUCUGCCAUAUUCGGUUACAUUCUGCAAUAUUCAGCCUCUAUCAGCUAUAUUCAGUUACAUUCAGUUUUUUUCUGACCAAUACUUACAUAUUCAGCCAUAAUCUAAGAUAUACUGCUGUAUUGUGCCAUAAUCUGCCAUAUACUAGAGUAUUCAGCCAUGAUCUAGCGUAUACUGCAGUAUUCUACCAUAAUUUGCCAUGUUCCGUAAUAUUUAACAAUCUACAUUAUUCUUCCAUAUGCAGACUCAUCCUUCCAAAUUGUAUCGUUUUCAGCCAUAUUCCCUCUGCAGGAAAUCUACACUGAACAUGUUAAAGCGGAUUUCUAAAAUAACCUCUGGUUAGGCCUUAGUCUGAAAUGUGCUUUCUAUAAUGUUUGUUGUUUGCACAGUGACAUCAGAAGACUUGGGAUUUCAUUAAUAGGCCAUCAACGGAAGAUCUUAACCAGCAUUCAGAUCAUGAGAGCUCAGCUGAUCAACACCCUGGGACCCAGAAUGCACUUGUGA